GCUGGGACAUCUGUUAGACAAAAUUAUCGUCUGCUUAAAACACUAGCAGCCGAUAAAGUAGCAGUACUGCAGAUUCAGUAGAGCAUACCUAAUUUAUUCUAUAUAUAUAUACAAUUUUCACGUGUAGUGAGUGUGUCGCUGGCGGUGUGUUUUGAUUGUUUUAAACUCAAAGGGAAAUCGAAAAAGCGUUCGUCUACGUUAUGUUAAAUCUUUCAAAAAAUGCUCAGACAUCUUGACAAAGAAUGAUAUUUCGAUAAAAUAUGAUGUUAGCUACCUUAUAUUGUUAUAUCAACUGCAUCAGGUGAUUUCAUAUCAAAGAAAAAAUGGUCUAUCUUACUCACAUUUUAGGUUAUGCCAAAAAGGUUACCAAAAUUCACAGAAAAUUUCUGAGAAGUGGAUUUACAGAUAAGCUUCGAUUUCAUAUAAAAGCAGGCACAGGAGGAUCUGGAUUAGCUCAAUACGGCGGAAUAGGUGGUAGAGGAGGUGAUGUUUACGUGAGAGCUAAGGAAGGCUUUUUGUUAAAAGAUUUAUCAAAAUAUGUCAGUAAAAAGACGCUCUCUGCUGGCACUGGUUUUGACAGUACAAAAAAAGGAAUCUUGGGACAAGCUGGAGAGGACCUGAUCAUAAAUGUUCCUCCAGGUGUUACUGUAUAUCAUGAAAAUGGCUCUAUAAUUGGUGAAGUCAAUGAAGCAGAAAAGAAAUUGGUGGUAGCUUUAGGAGGAGUUGGUGGUUGUAAAGAAACACAAUUUAGCGGUCAAAGGGGAGAAAGUCAUCAUAUAACUUUGGAUUUGAAACUGAUAUCUGAUGUUGCAUUAGUUGGCUUUCCUAAUGCAGGAAAAAGCACAUUAAUCAGGACUGUAUCAAACGCAAAGCCUAAAAUAGCUGAAUAUCCAUUUACCACUGUGAAGCCUCAUUUAGGAACUAUUUAUUACCCUGAUUUUCGUGAAAUUACAAUAACUGAUCUGCCAGGACUGAUUGAAGGGGCACACCGAAAUGUUGGAAUGGGCCAUGCAUUUUUAAAGCACCUUGAAAGAUCAAAGAUGUUAUUAUUCGUCAUAGAUAUUCAAGGAUUUCGCUUAUCAGCAAGUCACACGAAGCGAAAUUGUUUGGAGACUGUUUUGCUAUUGAAUAAGGAAAUAGAAUUGUAUAACCCUGAAUUACUAAAUAAGCCUGCUAUGCUUGUAUUAAACAAAAUGGACACUCCAAAUGCAAAGAAACUUUGUGAUGAGCUCAAACCAAAAUUAGAAAAUUUGAAAGAAGUUUCUGAUGACUAUCCUGAUCAAGUAUGCCCUGAUAAAGUUUUGGAGUUUGAAGAUAUAUUAACUCUGUCAUUAAUUAAUAAGGAUAAAGACGAGAUGAAUAGGCUAAAAACCGUUAUUAGAGAAAAUCUUGACAAAAUACAUGAAGUUGAAAAUUUGAAAUUGGAAGAAGAAAUGCCAGAGGAAAAAUUAGUUAAAAAAUUGAAAAGUCAAUUAAAAAUCACAGCUCCCACGCUUGUGUAAAUAAAAAUAGUUAAUGUUUAAUUAUAAAAAUAUGAAUUAUUCAUACAAAAUAAUUAAUAUUGACGUGUAAAUUUUUUUUACAUUUUUACAAUAUGUACAAACUAUAUAAUAGUCGUUAAUAAUUAUCUAUCUAUUAAUUCAUUGAA